CCACCAUGACCAUGACAUGCGCUGCACCACAUACCUCCAGACACGGCGACAUCGCAUCAUGGAGAGGCGAGACUGUCGAUGAUCGACUAUCAGAACAACCAAUAUGGCUCGCGUCGGCAGUCCCGAUGCUGCGAGCAUCAUGUCCGGCCACUCGCGGUCGGCUACGCUACAAUCCGCUCGCAUUAACCCCGUCUUCACGCUCGAUAAUUUCAGCAGCAAGGAUUUCAUAGUGAAGGACUUCGUUGAAUCUCUCUCCGAUUCUGCGACUUUGGCGCGACGAUCUGCCACGAGUGCAACGACGAGCAAUGCGCAAGCCAGCCAGGCAUUCGACCCAAAGCCACUCAUUCGCACUUUCGAACACGCGCUUAACAAGCUGAAGAAUCUUAGUGAGGACUUACAAGAGCGGGAGAAUGAGCUCAGCGCGAGUGUGCGCAAAGCUGAGGUACAGCACAACAGCAAUAUCAGAUCGCGAGAGCAGGAACUCGAGCGGGCGAUCGGCUCCUUCCACCGCCUGGAGCGGACACUGGACGGCGAUGGCGAUGCCGGAGGCAAUGCUGCAAUGCGCAUCGGAGAGCGAUUGGAAGAGCUUGACAAGCAGAGACAGAGGGCGCAAGAUGCCAAGUUCGUACUUCAAUGCUGGCUAGAAGUCAGCGAGCGAGGAGACUUGUCGAGUCUGGACGACAUGCGCAAGGCGGGUGGUGGAGAGGGCAAGGUGCGAUGUGCGCAUAUUGCACGGCAGCUGCUGAAGAUAUCACAACGGCUAGAUGGGACCACGGAAUCGCCCAAGACGAAUGGGCUUUCCACGAACGGAGUUAAUGGCACCCACGAUAACAGCUCAUCGGACAGUAUACGGAAGAACAACAAUGGCGCGAAACCUAGAGAAAUUGUUGAGAAGUUCCUUGAGAUGCUGGAGAAAGAUCUGCUCAAGUCGUUUGAUGAGUUCUAUCGCAGACAGAACUUUGAAGGAAUGCGUGAGUGCGCAGUUGCGCUGCAGGACUUCAGCGAUGGCAAUUCAGUGAUGUCUCUGUUCGUGAAUCAGCACCAAUUCUUCAUCGACAGAUCCCAACUCGUUACAGAGGAGCUGACAGUGGACAAUGAGACCUGGGACCGCCUAGCGGAUCCGGACACGGAACCACCUGGAGUCGAGCCGAGCUUACAAUCACUGAUAGACGAAGUGAAGGUGGUCGUUCAGGAAGAGAGCUUCAUCAUUAAGCGCGCAUUCCCAUAUUACGAGGACGUUCUGGCACGAUUCAUACAGCGAGUUUUCCAACAGUCGAUACAGCAACGGCUAGAAAUGGUUCUGGAGAAAGCCGACAGCAUAUCAUCGCUUGCCUUCCUUCGAUCGCUACAGGCUUCGAGGUCUUAUAUCGCUGCUCUCGUUGAGGAUUUGAAGGCUCAUGGACUCACAGAACAUCCCGAACCCGUUGCUUCGACUACUGCAGCAGUACUGGACCAACAACUGGACGAAUUGUUUGUGCCAUACUUUACAGGCACAAGUUACAUUGAACGCGAGAAGCGCAAUCUUGGAGAGAUUUUCGAAGGUCUUUUGUUCAAAUUCACACUUUAUCAUUCACGAAGGCGCAAAGUCCACGUGCAGUCCCAUACAUACCUUGGUGCCAUCUCUGCGCGUAGCAAAGAAUUCAUCAGCAGCGCCCGAGAUGCCUAUAUGGAACGACUGGAUAGCACCGACCUGCCACCAGGUCAGAAAAAGAUGUUGCUGCGAGUGGCAGGUUUGCACCACGCAAAGGACAAUGCUGGGCCCAACGAGAUCGAUGUCACCGACGAAGAUGGCCAGCUUAGCCUACCGUUCACGAAGCGAAUGCUAAAAUGGUUGGCAGAGGGGGUGGGUCGUGGCCUCGAGCUAGCCAGUGGCGGCAACGAGACGCCAAAAGAGAUCCGCGAGCUAUUGCACCUUCUCAUCACGCACAUGGGCGAGAUUUACCUCGAGACGGCAUUAGAUGCAGCCAACGACUCGGCUGCUGUGGCAGAAGCCAACACGAAGACGGAACCAGACCUGAAUUACAUUGCUGAUCUGCGCACCGCAGUCAGCGUCCUGCAUCUCAUGCUCACCACGAUCCAGAUGCUACUUCUGCCCUUGGCUGCGAGCAAUCUCACCAUCCGCAGAGAUCUGGAGAAGCAGACGACAAGUUUCGUCGAUAGAAUGGAGGGCAAGAUCGACACUGUUCUCCAGAAGACCAUCGAUGCAGCGUUGAAUUGGACGCAGAAGCUCCUAUCAGGACAAAAGAAGACUGACUAUCGCCCGAAGGACGACUUCAAUCUUCAGCUUGAGUUUCAGACCGCAACAUGCCAGGCAGUCUUUACAUUCCUCGGUCGUCUUCACUCCCGGGCCAAGGCUGCUCUGUCAGGAAAAGUUCUUGAUUCCUUUUCAAUCGAACUGGCUGUCGGACUACGAGGUCUGCUCCUGCAGCAUUUCAAGUCCUAUCAGAUUUCGCAAACCGGCGCGUUGCUGGCCAGCAAGGAUAUAACGAAGUAUAUCGAGUUACUGCGUUCGUGGGAUCUGCCGAGCUCAUUCGAUCCGAGCUUCGAAGUGCUCACAGAAGUCGCGAACCUGUUUGUGAUAGGACCAGAGGCCCUGAGGGAUCGUCUGAGAAACUUUGGAACUGGUGUGGGGGCGCUGCAGGGCGUGGAGAAGGCUGAUUUGAGGCCGUAUAUAUUGAGGCGAGAGGAUAGCGGUGGCGUAGGUGUGCAGGCUGUGCUGAACGCACUGUAAUGACAGUCAGAUGAAUAGACCAUCACCGCCGCAUGGCGAUGUCAUAAGUUUCCUCAAUAUUGCAGUCAAACAUCGAAGUUGAUCCGAAGUGGAGCAUCUCGGCGAUUUCGGAUCAAGAUGAUCAGAUAAUUCUAGCGGCAUUGGCGCACGACUGAACACCUCGCCAUAGCGACUGCUGUGCUCGUGCAAAUGUCAGAACAAAGCCCACGUGAGAAACAGAAAGCAG